CGUCCCCUCCAAACGCUUUCGCUCACUUCGCGCCCUCCAUCACCACAUGCCAUUGCCUGGUCAUGCGAUGCCGAAUUAGCCGUCGCCACGCAGGAAUGCAUCUACAUCUUCCUGCCCGACUUCCACGGCCCCGAUGCCGACGCAGAUGAACGGGAUGCCUCGCAGUACCAGUUUGCCCUCUCUCUCCAGCCCUCCGCGGUCAUCAACCCGAGUCCCAGGAUCAACGGCCAGCUGUGUGCCCAAGCGGGCGUCAGGCUACCAGGGCUUCGAACCGGCGACGAGGGCAGCUUUAGGGGCGUCGGCAAUGGCAUAGUCACAGGGGCUGGUGCGGCGCUGGGUCAGGUCAUCCGAGUGGAAUGGUCACCAAGCGGACUGGGCUGCAACUUGCGGCCGGUGCUGAUGGCCUUGACGACGGCCGGCAGCCUCGUCACCUUUGGAGAGCAGGCCGAUAGCCAGUCAGCCGCCACCUCGAGCAUGAGAACGCGCACGUUCAAGAACUGGAGGGUGCUUUGGGGGCUGGGAGCCAAGCUCCCGAUUCCGGAUCCCACGUCCAAGGACGGCUUUCGAACCAUGGAUGAGCGCAUCGUGUCGUUUUCUUGGGCCAAGGAGAUUGCGCCUGGAAGAGCGUUGCUAGCCUACUUGAACGAUGCUGGACAGAUUGUCGUCAUGAGCAUCCAGUAUCAUCGCCGCGCGGACGUUUCCAAGCGCAGCUCUGGGCAAGCAUGGGUUUGGACUUUGACGGAGCAUGUCCGAAUCAACGGAAGAGGUCCCCACGAGGAGGUUGCAGAUCCUCAGGAUCCAGACUUUUGCCCUCAAGGCAGCAUCUUCUCCCUGAAAUGGAGCCCGUGGCUCGUCGAGGACGGAUAUAGGACGGCAACGCUUGCAUAUCUCGCAAAGAACCAUGUCGGUUUCCGGCGGAUCGUACUGUACGGCGAGUGGGAGAGGGGUGAGUUGCCGGAUGUGGUGGCUGAGCGAAGCGAUACCACUGCGAUAUGUCUGCCACUCUCCAGUGACGCGCUGCUCGAGUGGGAGGACGCUGUUUGGACGGAAGGGGAGGCUCAUACAGCCCGAGGCAUCGUGACAAGCCCAUUGUCCGUCAAGUCAUUCCAGGUUGUGCUCAAUGGCACCUUGGGCGAGCCGUCACAUCCGCACUCUAUCUGGGAAUGCGCUUCAGCUUACGCAAACCAGGACGAAAUGUCCACUAAUCCCAUCACAGGGCUCAUUGUCCACGAUCCUGAUCCUCACAACAAGCCUCCAAUUCCCUACUACUCACUGGUGAGGCUCUCUGCCACCCCUACGAACCGCGACUGGUACCAGACAAACCUGCCCGGAGACAAUCUCCCGCAGUGGGUGGAAGACAUAGGGGGCCAGAAUGCCCGCCUCGUGGCCCGUGCGGCCGCUCUGUACGGCAUAGACUCUGAUUUCGAGUCUGAUGAUGAAGAGGGCGCAGACAAGGUGAUGCGAGAGGCACCCCCAGCACCGUCGGAAUCCGGCUUACAGGUACACCCCUAUCGGUUUCGACUCUGGGGCCUGGCCAAGUCUCCCGGCGAUGGAUGUACAGCCGUGCUCGCCACAAAGCACGACACGCAGCAUCCGGAUCGCCGUGGCGUCUCCAACGUCCACUUUGACUGGCAAGUCUCGGCAUCAUCCGACGACAACAAAGCACACCGUGUGAGGCCCAUCUACAAGCCUCUGACCACCGAAGGCAGGGUAUGGGAGUGGAUGUAUGGGUUAGGGGGCGACGUCCCCGGCGUGUCUCCGGGGCAAAAGAGAUCAUCCCGCCAACAACAAGCCAAUCCGCUGAGGGCACUGUUCAAGGAUGUGGCCAAGAAGCUGCCGUGUGUGUUUUGUGAGGCGCAGCUGUCGAUCAAGGACGACGUGGCUACUUGCAAGAACCGCCACGCAUUUGCUGUCUGUGCCACGACUGGCAUUCCCAUCUUGGCGCCGGGCAUUUCCCGUGUUUGCGGUGUAUGCAAGAUGCGCUGUCUCACCGUCUCCGAGGUGGAAAGGCUUGCGGAGGAGUAUCUUGGGAGUGUGGAGGCGGUGGGAGAUGCGCAGGGGGAAGUGUGUGGUGGGUGUGGCGGCAAGUUUGUCGUGUGA